AUGGCACUGAAUAUGUUCACAACGGUCCUCAGCGGCUCUGCCUUCGGCGCAGCGUUGACAGCGUCCGGAGUCCACCAGCCAGGUGUUAUCGUGUCACAGUUUACUCUCGAGAAUUUCCAUAUGGUCGAGUCGUUCCUGGCCGCCGCCGCGAGUAGUGUUGCCCUGGUCACCUUAUUCCAACGCCUCGGCUACGUCCAACUUCCGCCCCGGAGCCGCUCGUCGAUAGGCCUGUUCGGCAACCUCGACGGAAACAUCGUCGGCGGCCUGGUUCUCGGUACCGGCAUGGCACUGUCAGGAUCGUGUCCUGGUACUGUGUUUGCUCAGGUUGGAGCAGGCAUCAGGUCGGGCUUCUACGCGCUGGCUGGCGGAAUAGUGGGAGGAAUCCUCUGGACAGGUGUGAUCCGUCCGCUUCUGCCGAAACCCGCAGCGAAUGACGAUAGAACCCCCGCGCCGCUCGCUAUCGACGAGAAGUUAGGGAUUAGCAAACUCGGUGCCGUUGUCGCCCUCGAAGCCAUCUUUGUCGCAAUCCUUGCCACCACGAUACGGACCUCUGCCGCCAAGACUCAGGGGCUAGUUGAGCCAGUGGCGGGCGGUCUGCUCAUUGGUGCUGCCCAGCUUCUGACAGUAGUCUCCAGAAAGACGCUGCUGGGUACUUCGACCGCGUUUGAGGAAGUUGGAACCUGGUUUUGGUCGGUCAUUAAGGGAGCAAAGACGUCGGCCUCGACUUCGUUCAGAAAUGUCGUGUUCGUCCUGGGAGUGGUCCUUGGUGCGCGGCUCCUGUCUACCCAAGGCCCUGUUAGCGUUGGACAUGAUGUCGUCGCGCUGGACCAUACAAAAGUCUUACUGGGAGGGAUUCUGAUGAGCAUUGGAUCGAGAAUGGCGGGUGGUUGUACAUCUGGCCACGGCAUUAGUGGCAUAUCGCUUUUGUCCGUGUCGAGCUUCGUCACGGUGGCAGCCAUGUUCGCAGGUGCUAUCGGUACUGGCUUGGCCUUAUAUUGA